AUGGUCAUUGGACCUCAACCGAGAUGUGCCAUCCUGGCUCAGGAGCGCUACGUCAAGUUCCCCAAAGAAGGAAGGGUGGAAUUUCUCCGUCCCUAUCUGGCACGACUAGGGCUGUUCCCUCCUCGUCGCAACCCCGAGAGUGCUCCCAUACGCAUGGAAGAGCUUCGGGCUCUCGUUCGCAAAUGGAAUCUGCACCACAAGAGAAACUUCUGGAGGGAGAACCCCACAAAAGACGACGUCGUUGCUGCCUUGAACCACCAUAUCAAACACAUGAAGCUGGUACAUGACCAUAUCGAGAACAAAAAAGCGGAGAGAAGGGAAGCUGAUAGGAAGCGGCAGGUGCAGAACGCGAUUGGCGAGGGUGUCAGCUCUUCGAAGAUUGCGAGCUGCAUGAAGAGAAGGCCGCCGUUGGAGACUUCGUCCGAUACAUGCUUGUACAACGAGGGGGUAGCUCUUCCUCGACUUGAUAGACCAGCAGAUGCCAGUCUUCGGCCUGACUCUAUUGAGUCCGGAAUCAUAUACAUGUCUCGCUGGAGGCAGGACAACGGCAAGGGUGACAAGCUUGCAAGCGACAAGGGGGAAAAGGAUGCCCUCCACGAGAAACUCGAACGGAUGAGCGUCUCUCCUCAACACGAUGAAGCAGAAGACGACGGAGAUGUUGAUGGCCUACAAGCCUCCAAGGACGACAUGAACAAGAUGCAAGCGCAGCGAAAGUGUUGCUUGGCCCUUGUUAACAUGACCAUGCGAGAUCAGAUGAGCCAAGCCUUCUUGGAUGAGUACGGCCUGCUCCCGCCGCUUCUAGAGAUCACCCAUGCCAACCAGACUGUGGACGUGCUACUCAUGGGUCUCGCAUGUAUUUUGAACAUUCUGAGCGAAGAAUACAAGAUCAAUAAACUUGUCGAAGCCGGUCUCAUAGGUGUUGCUAGACCUCUCUCAGGCCACGAAGACGAGCGCGUCCAGCAACACGCCGCGGGAAUUUUUCUAGCGAUUUCAUCAUGUUCGGGCCUAGAGGAGUGGCUGGUCCAAGAUGGUGCAAUCCCCGCACUGAAUGCGCUUGCGAGGAGUGCAACGGUCCUCACCGCACAGCUCGCUACUGGCGGUCUUGUGAACAUCGCGAUAACGUUGACAGCUGCUCAGGCGGAUUCCAUGCAGCGGGUGGUGAUGCGGACCGUUACCAACCUGUUGUCAGGCUCGUGCGAUUCCGAUGGCCUGCACUUUUGCGCGUUGGCAGCAAAAAAUCUGACUGUGCUAGACAACGUGCGGGCAUACCUGGACGACCAAGUGGCGGGGAUAGCCAUAGACAUUUUGGCGAGGCUCGGGCCUGACAGCGACGACACGGUCAUUCUUUGCACGGCUGCCAUUUUCAACUGUGUGGCACAGAAGCAAUCGCGUCUUCGAGCUACCGACAAGAACUUAGUCGCUGAGUGCCAGAGACUUAUCAGCGUUUGCGGUUCCGAUGCGCAGCACAGCUGUACUGUCCUACUGGCGGAGCUUUCCAAGCACACCGACGUCGCAAACCGGUUGUUGGACGGAGGAAUCUUGGAUAUAUUCUCGACGAAUCUCAGCGCUGCUGAUCCGCGAUCAGUCGCUAUAUCUGCGGCUGGUCUAAGUCACCUAGCGGCGGAUCCCGACAAUCACUGGCGUGUUCUCGAGUCCGGCAACAUGCUCACGAUGUUGCUUCAGGCACUUGUUCUUGAUCACGCCUUGGCACAGCGCCACGUUCUUCGCCUGCUAUGCGGCCUCGCGUCAAACGAAGCCACGCAAGCAGAAGUGGUGUCGGCCGGGGUUGUGCGGGCUGUGCAAGAGAUGAGCAACAGAGACAUGCAUGCGUCUGCGAUCAGUCUCAUCCUGUUCAACAUAUCUUGCAACCCCAGUCUCUCUGGCAGCUUGCUCGACGAAAGCCUGGCCGUGCCCAUGUUGGUGGAAUUGGUGAAGAAGCACAAUCUAUCCGUUCAGGCCGCAUGCCUCGGAGCGUUGAAAAAUUUGUCGUCGGUCACCGCUUUUCACCGACAACUGCUCGAGCGAGGCGUGUUGGAGGCAGUCGAUUCGUCUAAGGAUGUCGACGGAGGAGCCCUGAGUGCCCAAUGUGCUGCAAUUCUCUACAACUUUUCCUUUGAAGAGAAGAGUAUUUCCAAAAUGAUGGAGCUCGGAGGCAUCUUCCUGGUGACACAUUUGUCCUACUCAAACAUCAUUAAGACGAAACAGCUCUGUGCAGCUGCGUUCUGCAACGUGACGAUACACAAGGUAAUCACCGACGAAAGCUUCUUGGCGGCCCUACUGCUUCUAUCCACCUCAACGGAGGCCGUUCUAGUUCUGUGCUCUGCUAAGGCCUUGAGCAAUUUAUCAACGUACCCACGAGGACGAUCUUCUCUCGGAAGCAACAAGAACGUGGUGCCAGCCCUCAUUGCCAUGAUGCGUUCUGGAGUAAAGGACGCUGCCCAGGUCCAGUUCUUGUCCGCCAUUGCCCUCUGCAACGUAUUGAGCGUCUUCCUCCAGAAAGAGAGCAUUGUCACUUUGGUGAGGGAUGGUAUGAUCCAAGAUCUCAUCGCCGUAACCGUGCUACGAGUGGAAGAAGUCAAAACGAAAGAGACGUUGGCGAGGGCGAUCUUCAAUCUUUUGGCGAGGGAAGACACUCGGAGUCUCGUCGCCGAUCAGGACGCUGUAUUCGCAUUGGUUCGGUUAACCAGACUCCAGAGCCCGGAUCUCAAUACCAUAUGCGUGCGCGCGAUCUACAACUUGACGUGUGAGAUGUCGCGGUACGAAAGAAAGCUGCUCGAAAUGGAGGCGGAGCGAGUGUUGGUUGUACAGGCGUCGUUUCCAAACGGAGGGGUUCACGUGAAGAAGAUGUGCGGGGCCGCCUUGACUAUGAUGUCCUCUUCCGGGAAGGUCGCGAGCUGUUCUCUGGCGAAGAAAGGAAUCGUCGGUGCCCUUCGAGCCAUCAUGUGUGUUCGGGAUAAGGAUACUCUAGAGCACGUGGCGACAACCGCCUUCAACCUGAGCCGUGAGGAUUCCUGUCUACCGACCAUGGCCGCCCAGGACAUCACGACCGUGUUGGUUUCCCUACAUGAGUUUGGGAACACCAUUGUGAAGAACCUCUGCGUGGCAACCAUGUGCAAUUUUUCUUCUUCGCUUGAAGCACAGGAUAAUUUGGCCUCGCCGGCAGCAUUUGGAGUGCUGGCAAACACCGUACGCGCCGGCUCUUUAUCGCUUGCAACACGCUUAGACGCGCUUCGGACAGUGGUCAACCUUGUCACGCACUACGCGCCAGGUCGAGAAAAGGCUGUGGAAUCGUCUACAACCUCUGCCCUCUGUGUCAUCCUCAAGGCCCUGGUUGAUGAGGAGGACAAGCUUCUGGUCAGCAAAGCGCUGCGAGACAUGUCGUCCUAUGCUCAAGGCCACCCGCAAAUGAUGAAGGAAGAUGUUUUGCCGGCUUUGGUGCGCCUCGCCAAGGUCGAGAACGCCGAAAUUAAGCAAGACGUCGCAACAGCUUUGUGUCGGUUGUCGGCGUCGGUUGAGCUGGCGUUUGACAUGGUUGACGAGGGGCUACCGGAGGCACUAUAUUGGUUGACUCUGGAAGAUCUGUUGGGCCUCAACAAAUCUGUGCUUCUGCGUUGUAGUGUGGUGUGUUGCAACGUCGUUCUUUCCGACGAUGCGCUGAGGAGGGUCUCCGGCGAGAGUGCGCGUUUCUCCAAGGUGUUACAGCGCCUGUCCGAUACGAGCGAUUCCGAGCUCCUAUUGAACGUCGCGAUGGUUUGCCUGAGGAUCACCGGCUUGCGCGAGUCAAUGCUUGCGUUCCAUAAAGAUGGACUGGUUGCGCAUAUGCUGGACCUCUCUGGAAGAGGCGACGAAGACGUGAAGCAAAUUUGUAGUACGGCGUUGAACCAAGUGCCUCCGGACAUGGUGCAACUCGACGACAAGAUGGUGAAAGUUCUUGUCUCGCUGCUAACGGCGUCCGGGAGCUCCAUAAUUGGAGACAGUGGACAUAACGUUUCAGAGCCAUCCGUGCAUGACCUGAAGCCGUGGAGUUUGCGAUCUGCCUCUAUCGCUGAAAAUCCUGUCGAUGUUCAAUCGUCUUGGGUCAACUAUGUCUGCCAAGACUUCGAGGCGUAA